GCGGUCGCCCCGCUGGCCAUCCUCUUGUUUGGGCCAUCUUUUUGCAUCAUGAUGCGUCCUCCCGGCCGUCUUGCGUACCUUGCCGGUUUCCUUUUUGCCGUGGCAUUGUUGGCUGGAGGCUGCAACGCGUACUCUUCUGCGUACAAGGUCAAGAGACUUGAGGAGAAGAGUAGUAGAAAUGGACUCAAACUUAAUGCGGAAGAUUUCGACCUGUUCACGGAGGCACCGCGAAACUACUCUUUCUUUGUUACAUUAACUGCACUUGCACCAGAAAUGGGAUGUGCGCCUUGCAGACAGUUCGAUAGUGAGUUCAAGCUGGUCGCUUCCUCAUGGGGACGCGUUGCUGUCCCAGGUAAAUUGUACUUUGGGACAGUGGACUUUAGUGAUGGACGCGAGGUCUUUCAAAAGCUCCAUGUCACAAACGUACCAAUGGUCCUUCACUUUCCGCCAACCGAAGGACCCGACGCAACGGGUUCAGACCAGUACGAGCUGUACGACCUCAACAGACGGGGCCUGUCUGCAGAAGCCCUCGUCGAACAUGUAGAAAAGGCGGCCCACGUAAAGUUCCCAUUGCGAAGGCCGAUCAAUUUUGCAUAUUAUGCUACAGUUGCCAUAUCAAUCUUGGGACUGCUCGCUCUGCUCAAGCUUGUAGCUGGCCACUUACUAGUACUAGUCCAAAAUCGCAAAAUCUGGUCCACCGCAGUUAUUGGAUGGACAAUACUUAUGUGCUCCGGACAUAUGUGGAAUUCCAUUCGUGGUCCCCCGUACACCGGAGUACGUAACAAUCGCCCGGAAAUCGUUGCCCCCGGCUUCCAGAAUCAAUUUAUUUUGGAAAGUCAGAUUGUUGGCCUAUUGUAUGCGGCAGCUGCUGUAAUGUUUGUGGCUCUGGUGAAGAAGACCCCUGGUAUCUCGGAUCCAGCCAUGCAACGCACCGCGGUUUUAGGAUUUGUAUUUGGAUUUAUAGUGCUGUACUCAUUUUUGCUGCGGUUCUUCAGACUCAAAAAUGGGUCAUAUCCCUUUAAAUUGCUCUUUUAAGUUGUUACUUCUGGGGUGAAUGCGAGCCUCGUGUAUGUAAAUCUGGGAAUGAAUAACUACAAUAUGGAGGCCCUUGAUACAUGGCAGACUGUUGCGCCGUCAUAUUCCUAUCCACUCAUCUAUUAGAAUUUGUCGAUUGUAGACACCCCACAUUCCCGUCGCUGGUAUCUGUAGGGUCACCCGGUAACAC